AUGUCACCCCUAUUGUCAAGCUGGUAUGGUAUUGCCAAUCACAUUUCGUUGCUUUACGAAGUUAUGGUUGAUUGGAUUCUGUCACCUUCGAUCGGUUCGGUUUCAGUACCGCGCUACCACGGCCGCCAAGCCAUGCUGAUCGUCGCCGUGUUUGUGGCCUUCUUUGGCAUCUUUUGGAUCUACUUUCACUUCCGGCAGCGGUAUCUGUUCUGGCUGAAUCGCGAUGUGCCGUACCUGGAGCCGACGUUCCCGUUUGGGAAUAUGAUAGACAUCUUCAAUCCCAACAUUCACUUUGCGCAUCUCAUCCAGAAGCUGUACCGACAGCUGAAGGAUCGGGGUGACUAUGUUGGACUUUUCUUCUUUCGCGAUCCCGUGCUGCUUGUGCUGUCGCCCGAGUUCGCCCGGACGGUUAUGGUGAAGGACUUUAACUACUUCGUCGAUCGCGGUGUGUACAGCAAUGAAGAGUUUGAUCCACUGUCGGCGAACCUGUUCUUCAUGGAGGGUGCCAAAUGGCGAAAGCUACGAUCGAAGCUAACGCCAACCUUUACCUCCGGCAAGCUGAAGGCCAUGUUCCACACCAUUGUGGACGUAGCGAACCGGCUGGACCAGCAUCUUGGUGAGCGGUGUGUCAGAAUGCAGCGGAUAGACAUUAAAGAGCUGCUAGCGCGCUUCAUGACGGACGUGAUCGGUUCGUGUGCGUUCGGGAUCGAGUGUAACACGCUGGAAAAUCCCAACUCCCAGUUUCGACUGAUGGGCAAGCGGAUGAUCAACCUACCGAAGCUGAAAUCGCUCAAAGUGUUCUUUGCCAUGAUGUUCCGCAAGCAGGCCCAAGCACUCGGCAUACGCUACAACGACAAAGACGUGGCCGAUUUCUUCAUGAAUGUCGUGCGGGACACCAUACGCUAUCGGGCCGAGAACGGUGUGCGGCGGGAUGACUUCAUGCAGCUGCUGAUCGACAUGAUGCAGGAAAAUGGUGCCGGUGCUGGUGAAUCGCUCACGUUUGAGGAGAUUGCUGCCCAGGCGUUUGUGUUCUUUUUCGGUGGUUUUGAAACGUCCACGACCACGCUGACGUUUGCGCUACAUUUGCUGGCGCAGCAUCCGAAAGCGCAGCGGAAGGCCCGGAAGUGUGUGCGCAGUACACUGGCCAAGCACGGCAAUGAGAUGACGUACGAAGCGAUUAAGGAUAUGUAUUACCUUGAGUGUGUCAUACACGAAACCCUGCGUCUUUACCCCCCAGUGGCUUCCAUCCAUCGAAUGACCUCCCAGCCCUACCAGCUUCCGAAUGGAGAAGUCAUCCCAGAGGGCGUCGGUGUGAUCAUCUCCAACCUUGCCUUCCAGCACGACCCAACCCUGUUUCCCGAUCCGCUCGUCUUCAAACCGGAACGGUUCGAGGACAAAACGUUCGCCAAAACCAAUCCAAGCUAUUUGGCUUUCGGCGAUGGACCGCGGAUGUGUAUUGCGAUGCGCUUUGGAAAGCUUCAGACGUGUCUUGGGUUGGCAAUGUUGCUAAAAAGCUACACAUUUAGCCUGGAAGAUUGUGACGUGGACCGCCCGUUGCCCAUUGAUCCGAUCAAUCUGAUGUAUGGCCCGGCCGGCCCAGUGUGGUUGAACGUGGAACGUUACGUAGAGGGAAACAAGAGCUCUUGAGGGUGUCUAAAGCAUACAGUUGAGUUAUUUUAAGGAGUUUUGGGGCAUCUUUCACUUUUCUUGAUAAUAAAAAUUAUUAUUAUAAUAAACACAAA